GGAAGCGUCUCGGCGAUCUCGCUGUGGGAAUUCAGCCACCAGUUGCAAGCUUUGCGGCUGCGAAAGCGGUUGGACGGAAAGUUUGUCGAAGGUCCUCUCGGAUCGGGAGGUCUGAAGGGAAAAGUAUCCCAUCUUAAAAAUAAUACGUCAACAAUAAAUUAAGUUUUCGUGUUUUGAAGCAGCGGUCUCUUUCAAUCUUUGAAUUAAUUCGCGCGAUUGACUUUUACAGUGAAACUGAAAGCUCAUUUCUAAUAAUACCAGCGAUAUAAUUUCUCACCUGUACGGCGAGUCACGUAAACGGGUUUUUUUGUGAUUUUUUCUCAUAAAAAAGAGAAAGAAAAAUUGGGGAUUAAAUCGAGAACGAGCGAAACAUUAAUAAUGAUGCCGUCGUCAAACGGAGCUUCGUACGCGCCUGGCGACAAAACUCGUGGAAAUUCGCGCGUUUAAAAUUUAAUUGGAUCUAACAUCGGGAGUAAAUAUUUGCACGCGUGUAUUGGAUUCGUCCGCGAUCACCACCUCGUGGGAUUCAAUGUGCACGCGCGUGGUGCGCGAGUAGCAGCGCGAAAUCGAGUCGUUUUCUUGAAUGGUAAAUUCAGGAAUUUCGGGAACGUCAACGUGCGACGGGCAACGGAUAAGCAUGUCGCGAAAAAGGUGAGGUGCGCGUAUGAAAAGCGACAUCGUGCCGUCGAUGAUACUCGGCUUGUAGGAGGAAACCAAUUUGGAUUGAGGCCAAGCCUGAGGAAAUCUCAUCCACGACCAUGGAGGAAGAAGAGAGUCUUGGCGAUACUACUGGCGACGAUGCUGGCGUUAAAGAACUUCAGGAACUUCGCGACAAAUAUGAGGGAAAACUGACAGCGUCUCUCUACACAGGAACACUCUUUGUCGCCGCCGUUGCUUCGUUGAUCGCUCUAGGAGCUCUUUGCUUCACCAACUAUCAUGAGUCCCAUGUGAUUCUACCCUUGUCGGCAUUGACAACUAUGCUCGUCAUCUCUUUGACAUUUUUAGUGGUCACGCAAUUACCUUCGACUAUGAUGUCCAAACGGUCCAGGAUUUUAAUAGGUUUAACAUCUUCCGCCAUACUCGGUUUAGGAAUUUUAAUAUUAAAAGGUGUUUUACCCUUGUUCGCCUGCAUCCUAUCAAUAAUCGCCAUUCUACCUAAAAUGAGGUGGCAAGUACCGCUCAUCAUCGGCUGCAUUCUAGCCCUCGCGCACGUUUCAAGAAGACUUAUUUUCGACGAUCUAACGAGCUAUUACAAUAUGAUUCAGAUUAUUGUGGAGAUCUUAUUUCUGCUGGCCGCUAUCCUCGCAGGCAUGUACUACAGAAUUUUAACAAUGAUGGCUCACCGCAAGACUUUUUCCGGCACGAAGACGGUGAUCGAAUCGCGUAUUAAACUUGAAUGCGAGAGGGAGCAACAGGAACAGUUAUUGCUCAGCGUUAUUCCAGCCUACAUUGCGGCUGAGGUAAAGAGAAGUAUAAUGUUGAAAAUGGCAGAUGCUUGUCAGGAGGCUAAUAAGCACAAGCAAACCACUUUCCAAGAGAUGUACGUACAACGACAUAAUAACGUAAGCAUUCUGUACGCGGACAUUGUCAACUUCACACCGCUUUCGGAACAGCUCUCGGCUUCCGAUCUUGUGAAGACGCUCAACGAGCUCUUUGGUAGAUUCGAUCAAAUAGCCCAGGACAAUCAGUGCAUGAGGAUCAAAAUUUUGGGUGACUGUUACUAUUGCGUGUCCGGACUACCUGUUUCCCGUCCAAAUCACGCUUACAACUGUGUAAACAUGGGGUUGCAAAUGAUUGAUGCUAUCAGGUUUGUCCGUGAGGCCACUGGCUUUAAUGUCGACAUGAGGAUAGGAAUUCACACAGGGAACGUGCUGUGCGGAGUACUCGGUCUGCGGAAAUGGCAAUUCGACGUGUGGAGCGAUGACGUGACCUUGGCCAAUCACAUGGAAAGCGGCGGUCUGCCAGGGAGAGUUCACAUAACAAAGGCUACCUUACUACAACUAAACGAUCGAUUUGAGGUUGAACCAGGCGAUGGAGGAUCUCGAGAAAGUUAUCUUGCUCAACACAAAAUAGAGACUUUUCUUAUCGUGCCACCUAAAAAAAAUCAAGAGAAAAAUGGUAUGGAAAACGGUGGAAACCGUAUACAGAGUUCUGGAGCGGUACCUUCCAGAUCAAGACCUAGUAGUAAAAUGACAAAAUACGUGGAAUGUUGGGGUGCUGAUAAGCCUUUCGCUAAUAUAGCGGAAGCAACAUUGGCGAAAAAUAUUGGCCUAACAAGUAUUGCAAUGAUCGAAUCGAAUCUAUUAACAAACAAUGCCAACUGCUUUGAUACACAACACUGGUGCGGCGGAAGUGAAGAAAUUUCACCUUUUACUUAUUGGUUCAAAGACAAGAAUCAAGAACAGCUGUAUCGAGAGCAAAGAGAUGAGCAAUAUCUUUGGUACGUUAUGGCCUCUAAUGUGGUUUACACCAUGAUGUUUUUCAUCCAAAUCAUCUAUCUACCAAGUAGCAUUGUAGUUUACGGCUGCUUUGCAGCUGGUUUAGCGUCCCUAAUAAUAUUUGCUGCAAUUUCUUGGUUCAAUGGAAAAACCGACUCGGAAAGUACUGAAGAAACAACGAAUCAAAUCGCACUUAGCCGUGGUAUCAGAGUAACUGUGUAUUUAAUAACAGCAGCAUUAGCCAUCGCAUCAGCAGUCAUUAGCCUGGUUGAAAUUGAUCAAUUUGUAGGAUACAAUAUUAUACCAGUGUAUAUAUAUUCUACAGUGAUAGCGUUAGUAGUGGGCUGGACGCACUUGAGGGUUGAUUUCUUGCUGAAGCUAAUCGUGAUGCUUCUAUCCAUUGCCAUAAUACUCGUGAUCUUUUCUCAAGCACCAAUAAUCCAAUUGUAUUACGAAGACCGUAACGCGAAGUUUUACGGUGUUCAUUAUCUGCUGCAAGUAGGAUAUUUACUGAUUCUAGUCAGUUUAAUUCUCCACAUCCUUGACAGACAAGUAGAAUAUACAUCCCGAAUGGACAGUUUAUGGAAGAGUAAGCUGAGAGUCGAGCAAGACGAGGUGGAGACUAUGAGAGGCAUCAACAAGAUUCUCUUAGAGAAUAUUCUUCCAGCGCAUGUGGCUGAUCACUUUUUAGCUACGAGAACUAUGCAGGAACUCUAUCACGAAAGGUACAGCAGCAUCGCUGUAAUGUUUGCGUCGAUUCCAAAUUACAAGGAAUUUUAUGAUGAAACCGAUAUAAACAAACAAGGUCUCGAGUGUCUGCGUCUACUUAAUGAGAUCAUUUGUGACUUUGACAAACUCUUACUCAAGCCAAAAUUUUCGGGAAUCGAGAAGAUAAAGACGAUAGGUAGUACCUAUAUGCUAGCGUCCGGUCUAAGCCCAGGAAAAGAGGACGGGGAUGGGAAAGAUCUAUUAAAACAACAAGAUCAUAAUGUGAUAGUACUCGUUGAAUUUGCUAUCGCGCUUAUGACAAUCCUGGAUCAGAUCAACAGGGAUUCUUUCCAGAGAUUUAAAUUGAGAAUAGGUCUAAAUCAUGGCCCCGUGAUAGCGGGCGUUGUAGGUGCCCAGAAGCCCCAAUAUGACAUUUGGGGAAAUACAGUGAAUGUGGCUUCCAGGAUGGAUAGUUGCGGUGAGAUGGGUAAGCUUCAAGUCACAGAGGACACUGCCAAGAUCCUCAUUGAUGCCGGUUAUGAACUUGUUUGUCGAGGACCGACGUACGUAAAGGGUAAGGGUACCCUCACCACGUACUUUGUCAAGACACCUUUCGAUGAUAAGGAGGACAAUUAUUAGCAAUGAAUCACGAAUUAUUAGAACGUUACAGAUAAUCAAAUUUUAUCUUGUGAUCGAGAAGGAUAGAUUUAUUCCAUUAUCGAUCUUUAUGAGUCUGCGUACCUUAUGGAAAAAUGAACCAUGUUGCAGGAAACAAAAGCUUUCGCUUAAAUCAUGUACAAAUGGAUAAAAAAGAUGUAUUGAAAACAAGUGUGAUUUCAAAACUUUAAUAAUCUAUUUCUCGGAUAACCCCAACAGAAAUUUAAUAUAUGGUGAAAGCAAAUACUGACUCGCGCUAUUGCCUAAACCUACUAAUUUAUUACGAUAGAUCGACAAAUUUGUCGAUUUAAUGCUGGCAGUAUUAAAUUGCAGUGAUUAAUUACUUAUUUUGAAUAUUAAAGACAAUAAUGUUUUUAAUACUCAAAGUAAGUAACUAUAGUAACUAACCAAUAUUAAUAUUGUUAGUAUGAAAUUUCUGCAAAGUAAUGUAAAAUAUUUGUGUGUGUGGAUAUUUACUUAUUUAAUUUGUAAAUAAGUUCUGUACUUCGCAAGAAAAAAUAACAUCAUAAAAGCUACGAUUUUUUUAAUUUGAAAUAAAAAACUUUGAUAGGCAUAUUUUACAAAUAAAAAAUUUCCCAACAGAUACACUUUGAUAAUACGCUAUAAUGUAGCAAUUUUGUCAGAAUUUUUCUUUAAGUAAUAUUUGGCAAAAAUAAGAUAGAUUUAAGAAUAAGAUGUACCAUUACAUUACAAUUAUUUAAAAAAUUAUUUGAUUAUUUAUUUAAAAUGUUGCUAUGCCAAAUGUUUUCAUGUAUAAUAUUUCUACAUUGUAAUUUAAGAAUAAUGCAUUUUUUUAAACAUUUUUAUACAUGGAUUAAUUAUAUUUCUAAAUGUUUUAUACAUAAUACAACUAAAAUAUGUAUUUUUUUAAUUAUUGAACAUAUUUAUUUUCAAAUUUAAUUUUGCAAAUAUACUACUAAGAUAAUUUACCACAUUGUUUUGUCAAAAUUUCAGAAUUAAACAUUAAUCAAUAUUUUACAGAAGGUCUUGCAUUUUCUUUUGUAAAUAUAUUUAUAUAAAUCUAAAUUAUAAUUUUUAUGUAAGAUUUCGUCGAUUUUAAUAAAUGUUGCUCCAUCAGGAUUGAUGUAUUUGCAAAGUAGUCAAUAUAAUAAUAAUUUUAUUUUUUACUACUUGUUAUAUAAUAAAUAAAAAUCGGCACUAUAAAAAUGCGAACAUUCAGGCUUACUAAUCUCUUAAUAUUAUAUUUGCAUAUUGCGAAAAAAAUGACAUAAAUAAUUAUUCUCUUUGAGUAAAAAUUUUUUGUAUCGAAGACAAGGUAAAUAAUAAAUUUUACGUACAUGUUUUUUAUAAGAUAUCCUAGAAUCAUUGCAGAGGAUCUUCAAUACCGAUUUGAUUUAGCUUUUGACUUGUGACAAGUAUUCAUAAGCUUUUAAGGGUUCCACGUGUAUUCUCUUCGAGAAUGUGCUAAGAAGCUUACGGAUUGUCUCCAUGUGUUGUCUCCAUUGUUAAUGCCAACGUUUCGUGAACAUUACAGUUCACUUCAUCAGGGCGAGAAGCAACUUGAUACUGAGUUGUUUCUCUGAGUAUUCAUAAGUAUUGUUACAUCGUACCUGUCCAAGUAGGUUAUCUGUUUGUAUACAUAUAGAUAUAUUCUUCAUAAUAUCUUGGCAGAUGCGUUGUGACACAAUUAUUAAGCUUUGAUAACUCAUAUUCAUGGAUUCUUAUGGAAAUGUAAAUAAUAAAUAGAAACAGUAGUUUCCCCUUGCUUUCUGUGUUUUAUAUCCUGCCGCCUAUUAUAAGAGUUGUCGAUGUUGUACUUCACGAACAUUACGAAUUUAAAAUCCGUUUAAAAUGAAAGAUCAAAUCUGAGAUCCAAUUAUUUCUGAUUCCAUUCUGUCAUCUCAUAUACAGGAUAUUCAUAAGAAAACCGAUAAAUAACAAACUUAUAGAACAGGGAAACGCAAUUAGAUUUUUUGGCAAUCCAAAUAUGAAAAUUGAAGCUAUAUACUGCGUACCAAAGUAACUAAUGUUAUAGACAAAAUAUAUGUGUGUGUAGUAUUCUAGAUUAUAUAUUGAAACAAUUCAACGCUACAUGUUAAUAAUUUAAUUUUUUUUUUUCUAUAAGUCAGGGAGGAUUAUUGACCAUCGCAAGCUGAAUUGGAAAUUCUAGCCCAUUACUGUACACGCAGACACACAGCACACACAACACACACACACACACACACACACACACACACACACACACACAUUUAUUAUAUACAAGGUGUUAUAAGAAAAAUAAACUUAAGACCAUUUUCCAUGUAACCUGUUUCACAAUUUGAUUUUUAUUAUUUGUAAUAAACAGGAAUCCUUUAAUUUUUUCUGAAAUUUAAUUACAUACAUUAAGGUCAAGAUUGGAGCGGUGUUCCCUAAUAUAAAGAAAUACUAAAAUUUCUUCUAAAUAUUUUUUUAAGCAACAUAUUAAUUAGUUUUAAUAUAUAAAUUCUUUUUGAUAAAAGUAAUUUAUGAUUAUCCUAGAAUGCAUUCUAGAAGUUUAUCAGUUUUAUCGCGAAACAUCUUAUACGCAUACAUACUUAUGUAUGAUUAAUUUUUUCGAGAGCUGCGAUAAAUAAAUUUUGAUAGAUAAUCUCUAUCAAAGAGAGACAGUGAGAGCUCUCUUCAACCACCCUGAUAUAUAUUCAAUGUACAAUAUUAUUUUAUAUGACCGCUAUUUAUUGUCUCUCUUUUUUUAGAAUUUGAAAAUAUUAUAUAUAGUGCUUUGAAUAAAAAUAAUAAAAUUUACAAUUACAUUGUCAUCUCAGAAGAUAAGACAUAAGUUCCAUUUUAUAAUGUUAGUUAUGUUAAUAAACGUUAAUUUUUGUUAAACAUAUU